AUGGUGGUGGUCUUGUUCGAGCAUGGUAUCGCGUGCGAAUCUCGUACCGUGACCUGUAAAACAACAGCAGCUGCGGAUACAGGGGACGUUUGCAUUCUCUUGGAGUCCACUCUGCUGUUCUUUUCGUCCAUCUGUCAUCUGUUCUUCUCAUUAUGUCACCCGCCUAUCUGUGUUUCGCUAUCGAUGUAUAUUCUCCUGGAUCUCAAAGAUGUGACAGAUUUCGAAGGUCAGAGCUAUGCAUUCAGGCCAGAUAUUGAUAGUGCCGGUUAUAUUUCAGAAGACAUCGCUCUGCACAUACCAGCCCAUCUAACGAACACCCAAAUGUUCCUAGACCGUCUGCGUAACGCACGUCCCAAAAGCGCGUACGUUAUGGAGUCGUUCGACGUUACCGCUCUUUACACUAACGUGUCGAACGACUCCGCAAUGCAAGCCAUCCGUGAGCUUCUUGAGAAACACGAAGGAGCAAUUAACAUAUGGUCCGGGAAAUAUUACGCGCAAAUUAGAGGGUUGGCAAUGGGACAGCGACUAGCACCAACCCUUGCCGUUGCCUUUAUGUCUAAAGUGGAAGCACCAGUAAUCGAUCUCACGCCAUUACUCUACUGUAGAGAAUUCCGUAAGAGUGAUAGAAAUACCACCGGACACUCUAAGACGCCAGCUAGUUCGCAACCGCCUGUACGACCGUCUAUGUACAACAAAAAACUGCAUAAUUUGCCCAAAUGGUAG